AGCAUGGAUCCUGAUGGCUCUGAGCAAGAUCCUGAAACGAAGAUAUAUUCUUCUGUCUGUGUUGGCAGAGAAGAAGAUAUUAAAAAAUCUGAAAGAAUGACAGCUGUUGUCCAUGAUAGAGAAGUGGUCAUUUUCUACCACAGAGGAGAAUACCAUGCUAUGGAUAUUCGCUGUUACCACUCAGGAGGACCUUUACAUUUAGGAGAAAUAGAGGAAUUUGAUGGACGACCAUGUAUAGUUUGCCCCUGGCAUAAAUACAAGAUUACUUUGGCCACAGGAGAAGGACUGUAUCAGUCUAUAAACCCUAACGAUCCAUCAGCAAAACCCAAGUGGUGCUCCAAAGGAAUAAAGCAAAGGAUUCACACAGUGACAGUGGACAAUGGGAAUAUUUAUGUGACUCUUUCUAAUGAGCCUUUUAAGUGUGACUCUGAUUUUUAUGCCACUGGAGUCUUCAAAGUAAUUCAGAGUUCUUCCUGAUAAAAUUUUAUGGCAAUGAAAAAUGUUGUGUAUGUUUUGAAA